UGCCGCUGAGGCCGGUGGAGCCGAAAAAAUGGCGGAGUAUCUGGCAUCCAUUUUCGGAACAGAGAAAGACAAAGUCAAUUGUUCUUUCUACUUUAAAAUUGGUGCAUGUCGCCAUGGAGACCGAUGUUCCAGGUUGCACAAUAAACCAACUUUCAGCCAGACCAUCGCCCUGCUGAACAUCUAUCGGAACCCCCAGAACACGGCCCAGUCAGCCGACGGCCUUCGCUGUGCCGUCAGUGAUGUGGAGAUGCAGGAACACUAUGAUGAGUUCUUUGAGGAGGUCUUCACAGAGAUGGAGGAGAAGUAUGGAGAGGUGGAGGAGAUGAACGUGUGUGAUAACCUGGGCGACCACCUGGUUGGGAAUGUGUAUGUAAAGUUCCGUCGUGAGGAGGAUGCGGAGAAAGCGGUCAUGGACCUGAACAACCGCUGGUUCAAUGGGCAGCCCAUCCACGCAGAGCUGUCACCCGUCACCGACUUCCGGGAGGCUUGCUGUCGCCAGUAUGAGAUGGGGGAGUGCACUCGUGGUGGUUUCUGUAAUUUCAUGCACCUGAAGCCCAUCUCUCGCGAGCUGCGCAGAGAGCUGUAUGGACGUCGCCGGAAAAGGCACCGCUCCCGCUCUCGCUCUCGUGAACGGCGCUCCCGCUCGCGGGACAGAGGCAGGCGGGAUCGUGAGAGGCGGAGAUCGAGGGACCGUGAACGAUCCGGAAGGUUCUGAGAGGGAGGGUGCGACCUGCUCUUCUGCUGUCCCACAGAAAUUGGCUCAUUUUCCUUUGACAUGUUGGACUCAUCUUUUUUUUGUCCUUUCUUGCUGUUUAAAAGUGUUUCUUAAUAAAACCGUUGUUGUGGUCCUGUUGUGGUUGGUUAAUUGGAUCAGGUUCAUUGGAUGCAAAAUUUGUAAGGAAAGUUGUAAAUGAAGAAGCUCGUAUUUCAUCUGUCAAACUCAAGGCUGUCAGUGAAGCCUGUUUUUAGCUUUUCCAGUGUUCAUCUAUGUAUUUGUGUAGUUCUGGGAAUAUUAAUGUCCCACUGGUAGACCUGAGCUGAUUUGGAUUCAUUGUCAAGUUUUUUGCCCUUUCUGAAGUCUCAACACUCAGGUACAAUUCUGAAUGUAAUGUUUUCUGAGUUUCUCAUUGCAUUUUCUGCUUUUAACAUCUACUAGUCCUGUUUUAAGAUUAUGAAUACCACUCUUAGCUCUUCUACUACAAUGUCCUGCCAUCCAACUCCAAAUUUUGAAUAACUUUCAUUGCUUCAGGCUAGCCAUUCAUUCUUAGUUCUGUCAGAGUUACCAAAAUGCUAUCUUUUUGUAUGUGUGAAUUUUGUAGGACUGUCACAGGUUUAUAUGUUUUAUUUUCAUGAAGAGGUAAAGGUUUAUAGAGCUGUAGUAUAAUAACCUCCUGUUUUGUAAUUAAGAGAGCUGAAGGUGAUAUCUAGAGGCAUUGGGGUGGCCUAACAGCCAUGGAGAACAUGGAGUCAGAGGGGCAAGACUGGUUUGAGCUGAGUGUAAUGUGCCAAAGCAUUAACACUUCUGUGGGGGGAUGGGGGCAGAAGUAAAACCGAGGAUGUCCUAAACGGAUAUCACUGAGCAUCAGUGGGGAUUUCUGCCCCAGAUGAGAGACGAGUCGGUAUUGCUACAUGCUUUGUGGAAAUGAAACUCUUCCACUGCAGACACUGACAAGGCAAUCACAGGAGGAAAGUCCCACCUUAAAAAUGUAAAUCUCUUACUAGAGCUAUCAUUGCAUUUAAACUCAAAGGUAUAUAGCGGUAGAAGUACCUGUAGCUACAUCAGUGUAUACUAGCUUUAUACAGUGGGCCUGUACCUACCUUGCUAGCUCAGGU